AAAAAGCACAAUUAAGCAAUUUUAAUUUGCAGAUUUGCCAGCAAUGAGCAUUUCCGACUUCAAUCAGUUGGAAUAUUUGGAACGUGUUGUAAAAGAAACACUACGUCUCCAACCCUCUGUGCCCUUCAUAUCGCGUUGCUGCCGCGAAGAUACAGAACUCAAUGGUGUGAUAUUGUCAGCCGGUAGUCAGAUUAAUAUACACAUACUCGACAUAAUGCGCGAUGAACAACAUUUUCCGGAUCCUUUAAAAUACGAUCCUGACCGAUUUUUGCCCGAAAAUAGCAUAAAUCGACAUCCGUACGCCUUUUUGCCUUUCAGUGCUGGUUCAAGGAAUUGCAUUGGUCAAAGAUUUGCCAUGCUGGAAAUUAAAGCUAUGCUAGUGGGCAUUUUGCAGAAUUUCCGGGUGCUGCCCGUCACCACACCAGAGGACAUUCGCUACGAAAAUGGAUUGGUUUUACGCACAAAAGAAAAUGUGCUAGUUAAGAUGGUUAAGAGGGCCAAUUAAAGGCCGCGUAGUAGCUAGAUAAACUCAAAGCAAUAAAACACUUAUGAGAAGAACUUGAGGCAUCGCACUGAGAUGGUCUGUGUAUACUAUAGAGAUAUUGAAUUUAUUUUUUUGGAAUUUGUUAUAUGUAUAUUAUUGUUGGUCACCAUAUAUAUGUAUAAUAUCUCAAUGCAUAAAAUACUUAGAAUAUAUAUAUUUGCUUUUCUAAUUUCUCCAAGUUCACCGGAAGUGGCAGUAAUUUUAUUUGGUAAAAGUCAAGAAAGGGAAUUUUACCUGAAAUAAAUCUCAUCAAUAGUAAUUUUUUGUAUAAAUUCAUGAUUGAAAUCAAUAGCACACUAUUAAACACAUCAAAUCAAUAUAAUAAUAUA